AUGGCCAGUGCGUUUGCCCGCCGGGGCGCCUCGCGGGCAACCGCGUACCUGUGCAGCGGAGGGCUCGCCCAGCGCGGGGCGGAGAUUCGCCAGUCGUUGCUGGGGCGGGCAGGUGUGCGAGAGUCGGCGGGGUCUGAGGGCUGGGGCGCGGGCUGGGGAGCGGCAGGCGGGCGGGCGUACCAGUCCUCCCCGCCGGGCGGGUCGGACGCGACGCCGGAGAAGGACGCUGCGGCCUGGCGCGCCCUGCACGGCUCCGGCAACAUGCAGAUCAACCCGUGCAACUCCCCGCACCACCCCGCGGCCCGCGCCGGCGUGGCGGCCCCGUCCGGCAAGGAGCGGUCUAUUCAAGAGUCGUACACGCCCAACGGCAAGUGCUUCGGGUGCGGGCCGACCAACGCGAACGGUCUGGGCCUCAGGAGCUUCCGGAGCAACCAGCCUGGCGCGUUCGAGGCCGAGGUGACGAUCCCGCCGCACUUCGAGGCGUUUCCGGGCGUCAUGUCGGGCGGCGUGCUCGUCACCCUCAUGGAGUGCCACGGCAACUGGUCGGCGGCGGUGGCGCUCAUGGACCAAGGCAACCUGCCACGGCCCGCGCUGACGCUGACGGCGGGCAUGAACGUCAAGUUCAAGGACCGCGUGGCGGCGGGGCGGCCGGUGUUCGUGCGGUCCAAGAUCGUGCGCAUCUCCCAGGACAUCACCAAGUCGGUCACAGCCAAGCCCACGGUCGAGGUGGAGCUCUCCGUGAGCACGCGCGACGACCUCUCGGGGCAGCUCAAGGUCUGCGCGCACGGCACGGGGUACUUCAAGAAGCUCGGCGCGAUGCGGCCGAUGUGA